UUAUCAGUUUCACGUCGACGAAAAUCAAAACCUAAACACAAUGAGCGGAAGAGGCAAAGGUAAAGCGAAGGGAAUCAAAUCCAAAACCAGGUCGUCCCGUGCUGGACUCCAGUUCCCCGUCGGACGUAUCCACCGUCUGUUGAGGAAAGGAAACUACGCCGAACGCGUCGGUGCCGGUGCUCCGGUAUACCUGGCCGCCGUCAUGGAGUACUUGGCCGCUGAAGUCUUGGAACUGGCUGGCAACGCUGCCCGUGACAACAAGAAAACUCGUAUCAUCCCCAGACAUUUGCAGUUGGCCAUCAGAAAUGACGAGGAGUUGAACAAACUGUUGUCCGGAGUGACCAUCGCCCAAGGCGGUGUGUUGCCCAACAUCCAAGCCGUUCUUUUGCCCAAGAAGACCGAGAAAAAGGUUUAAAAUACACAGACUAGACACAUCUUUCCCGUUAUGUAAUAACAUUCUAAAAAGGCCCUUUUCA